AUGAUUAAAAUUAAAUAUAAUAAUUUUAAUGACAUAAGGAACAAUAAUAGUAUUUUAAAUAUAAGCUUUUUAGUUCAUCCUUGUUAUUAUACUUCAUUUGAUUUAGAGGAAAAUGACUUGCUAAAUAAAAUGGUUUGUUCUAAUUUUUUAUAUUUUGCAGAAAAAAUAAAUAUAUAUGAUAAAAAUGAAUCAAUGAAAAACUUUAGAAAAGAUGAUUAUUUAGCUAGAGAAUUAAACUUUAUUAAAAGUUCUGAACUAUUAAAGAAUACAUAUAAAUAUAAAAUUCCAAUAAUAUAUCAAAAUAUUAAAAAAUUUGAUUUAUUUGAUCACAGUACAAUUAAUUAUUAUCCUAUAAAUUAUAAUAAUAAGAAAAAAUAUAUAGUAAGAAAUAAAAAUUAUAAAUCAAUUCAAAAAGAAAGAUGUUUUAUAUUAGAUAAUGAAAUGAUUUAUUCUAUGACUCCUGAAUUUAUUUCCAAAAAUAUUGGAAAUAAUUUAUUAAAUUAUGGGAAAAAAUUAAAGAAAAAAAAAAAAAAUUAUGAAAGUGAUAUAGACACGAAUGAAUAUAAAAAUGUGUACAAAGGAUAUAUAAUUAAAGGCAAUAAUAAAAAAAAAAUAAAAAGAGAAAAAAAUAAAAAUUAUAAUGAUAAUAAAAUUAAUAAGGUAAAAGAAAUGAUACUGAUUUAUUUAGAUCCAUUUGCUGGAGCUGGAGGAAAUAGCACUAGCAUAGAAAAUGCUUUUACUAUUGCAUCAGAUAUUAGUUUAAUUAGAAUAAAAGAAUGCAAGCAUAAUUGUAAUUUUUAUAAUAAAAAUGUUGAUUUUAUUUUAUGUGAUUUUUUUAAUAUAGUAAAUCAUUUUAGAAAAAAUACAAUAGACGUAAUUUUUUUAAGUAUUCCUUGGGGAGGACCAACAUAUAAAAAAAAAAAAAAAUUUGAAUUAAAAUCCAAUGAAAAUAGAUUGUCUAUUUAUUCAUGUUUAAAAGAGUCAUUAAAGCUAGCAAACAAUUUGAUUUUUUAUUUACCAAGAAAUGUUUCUAUGGAAGACCUAUUAUAUCUUUAUAAAUAUUAUAGAAAACUGGUUAAUUUAAAAAAAAAAAAAAUGAAAAGAGAUGAUAUUUUUAUUGAAUUAUAUAUUAACAGAAAUAGGUGCAGUUACCGUAGAACCAUUGAUAAUAGUUUAUGUAAUUUUUACUAUUUUUUUAAUCAAGAACACAAUGAAUAUAAUAAUGAAUUUAACUUUUCAAAGAUAAAAAAAUUGUUCAAAAUAAAUAUUGAUCAGUGCAACGAUUCUUUAACUUUUAUGAAAGAAAGCAGAGAAAAUAUUUCAAAUGAAAACUAUGAAGAAAAAGAUGAAUGUGAAAAAUGCAAAGAAAGAAGUGAUGAAAGUUAUGUAGAAAAUAAUAAUGAAUGCGAAAAAUAUAAUGAUGAAAUUGUUGAAAGUCAUAAUAAUUAUAAUAAUAAAAUAAAACAAAAAAAAACAAUAUGGAGAUGGCAUAAUACUUCUAUGGUUGUUUAUUUAGGAAAAAUAUCAUCAUUCAUAAGAAAAAAAAAAAUCAUUGAUUUUAAUAGUAUUUAUUAUGUUCACAACAGUUUAGUAAAAGUUAGAAUGAUAAAAAAAAAAGAUAAGAAAAAUUUUUCUAUAUAUUCAUUUCUAGAAAAUAAAAAGAAAAAAUUAUUCUAUGAUGUCGUAGACGAUAUAAAAAAAAAAGAAAAUUUAUUGAGAAAAUUAAAUAUAAAUAAAAAUACUAUAAAAAAUAACUUAUCAAAUAAAUACAACAAUAUAAUUUCUUUAAAUUACUUUAUUAAAAAAAAAUUAUAUGAAAUUAUUAGUAAAAUAAUAUCUCUAUUUUUUCAAAAUAUAAAAAACAUAAUUGGUUUUCAAAAGAUUAGCUUUUUAAAUAAAAUUUUUAUAUAUAUAGAAAAUGAUUAUGAAAAAAUUUUAACAAGAAAAUUAAAUAAUAAUGGUAAUUUAAAAAAGUACGAAACAUUCAUAUAUCCAGAAGAGAAAACAGUUACAUACUUGCAUCCUAUAAUUAAUUAUUUUAAUUUUCUAAUUGUAAAAAUUAAGAAAAUAUUAAUUUUAUUAUUUGGGAUAUAUUUAUAUGAUAUAUCAUUCCUGAAAUAUUUUUUUAAAUACUAUAAGAUAAAUUUAUUAACAGAAAAUAUAAACAAAAGAAAUUUAAAAAAUAUUCAUUACAAUAUAAUUAGGUUUUUGUUUGAAUUUCUUCUCUAUAUGAAAAUUUUUAUAAAUAUAUUGAAUAAUAAUAUUAAAUUACUAGACUUAACCAACAUAAAUUUUAUUAAUAAUAAUUUCAUAUACUUUUUGGAAUUUUCUAAUAUAAAAAACAAAGGUUAUAAUUACAUUAAUUAUAUUGAUAAAAAUCAGUUUUUAUUAAGUUAUAGAAAUUUUAUAAAAAAAAUUAUUCUACUUUCUUUUAAUUUAGAAUUUAGAAGAAAAGGUACUACUAUCAAGAAAAUUGUAAAUAUUUUUUUUCAUUUUUUAUUUAAAGUAACAAAUACAAAAGUUACUUUAAAUUGCCUAAAUAAUAGUUCAAAUGAAAUAAGUAUACAAUAUUAUAAAUUAAAUAUGUGUUUAGUAAUUGUAAAUUUUUUUACAAAACAAUUUUUAUAUAAUAGUAAUAUCACAUCAUUUUUGGAUUACUUUAAUUCACUAAUUUAUUUUUAUUUCAAUCAAAUAUAUAUAUUAUCUAAUGAUCACAAAAAUUAUUCAAACAUUUUUAUAUUUUAUUUAAACAAAUUUUUAAAUAAUAAAUUUUAUGUAAAUAUUAUAUAA